GCAGUUGAGUUCAGGAAAACUAAAGCUGUUGAAGUCUCUCCGGUCUUCAGUUGGCGAUGGCGGCAAAGAUUUUAACGUCUCCUUUUGUAGGAAUUGCCGUUUUCGUCACCUUGCUCGCUCUCUUCGCCUUUUACUACAAGCCACUCUCAAAACAGAGAUUGUUCACUGUUGAAGAAUUGGCUUUGUACAAUGGGACUGAUCAAAGUUUGCCAAUCUUCUUAGGAAUUCUCGGAUCGGUUUUCGAUGUGACGAAAGGAAAGUCUCAUUACGGUGAGGGUGGGGGUUAUAAUCAUUUUUCUGGAAGAGAUGCUUCACGAGCAUUUGUUUCUGGAAACUUUACAGGAGAUGGGCUCACAGACUCGUUAAGCGGUUUAUCCAGCCAACAGGUGAAGAGUAUUGUUGAAUGGAGGGAUUUCUACUUUAGAACUUACACAUUUGUUGGUAAGCUAGUAGGUCGGUACUAUGAUCCCAAAGGAAAUCCUACUAAAUAUUUGAAGGGGGUUGAAGCAAAGGCUGCCAGAGGGGCACAGCUAUUGAAGAAACAGGAGAUUGAAGAAGCUAAGCAACCUGGUUGCAAUUCAAGGUGGAGUCAGGAUGAGGGCGGAGAGGUUUGGUGUGAUGUGGGUGUCCCACGAUUAGUUCAGAGGCCACUAGAAAUUGCUUUGACUGGGAAAAUGAGCAAGCGAUGUGCGUGCUUUAAAGAGGAUCAACUGAGCCAACCAGGGUUGGACGUCUACGAAGGAUGUGAAUAUCUUGCCAAGACCUGCCGAGUUUAAAUGAGUCCCUUUGCAGAACUUCCAUCUCAGAGAGUUGAGUGAACCCUUUUUAUGCAGAUGUCAAUUGUCGAUGUUUUUUAAAAGGUUGAAUAAGGAGGGAUGAACUGAAGCGACGUGAAGAAAGAGACUACUAAAGCGGACGAAGUGAUGUGCAGUUCUCUUCUAGCUGUGCAAUGUUGGAUUUAACAUAUUUCGCAAACUGAUUUGGAUGGAAUUUUGUAUUUCAUUGUAUUCUGCUUUGUAUUGUAAAUUAUAUUUUACAUUUUAGUUACUUAAAAUAGAGUGAGAUCAUUCAGUAAAUGCUCGAAUGCACAUUUAUUUGGAGAAAAUGGUACAUUUGGCCUUUUGAAUAA